AAUAAAGGCUUCCCUCAUUUACAAGAAUCUUUCUUUUGCUUCCGCCACACAGAGAAAGAUAAAAGAAAAAACCUUUUUCUUUCGACCAAAAACAAGAAAUUAUCAGUUCAUUUAUUAUGAUCCAUAACCAUGAAAUGUCACCUUGUCAGAGAGCAGUGAGUUUUGGUCUUUUUCAUUUAUUUUCAAUUAUCAGUUCUUGUCACUACAGCGUUGUCCUGCUCUCAGAAGAGAAGAAAUGGUUUCCAGUUUCCAGGCUUUACUUGUAUUUGGAGACUUACUCCUGAAUUGUAUGGUUGAAAAAGUUUUGGAUUUUGUUCAAUUGGGUGGCCUCUGCAAGUUCUGAAGGCAUACAAGUUUUUGUUUUCUCUUCAUUUCCCAACUUUUCUUUCCUCCCUCUCUCUCUCUCUCUGAGUAUUUUGGUUUUGGUUAGAACUCGUUGAUGUGUGCUGUGUUCUACAGCAGGUGAAGCUUUUUCUGCAUGUUGAAUUAUGUCUAAACUUUUCUCAGGUGGUUAUACUUUUUGAGUUUGCGUGAAACAAUGAUUUUCUUUGAGAAUUUGCCUUUGGAUUUACUUGAAACUUAGAGUUCAUGCAUUCAAUACAUGGGUUUAUGCAUGUACCCCCAAAGCUUCAAUUUUGAGAGAAUUUGAAUCCUUUUGAGAAUAUAACCAAAACUCUCUCAUUCACUGCAUGACUUGUGUCUAAUGGCAAAUAUACACCAUCCCUCAGUGCUUUUGGUGUUAGUUACUUUUGUACUUUCUAUCUGUUACUCAGAGCAAUUACAGUCCUCUCACUCUCAGACUCUUCUCAGAAUUCAGCAGCUAUUGAACUUUCCUGCUGCUUUGAGCAACUGGAACAACGACACAGAUUUUUGUAACACAGAUUCAAACUCUUCCCUCUCUGUAGUGUGCUAUGAAGACACCAUAACACAGCUUCACAUAAUAGGUGAAAGAAGAGAUUCGCCUCUCCCUAGAAAUUUCUCAAUAAAUUCCUUUGUCACAACACUGGUAAGGCUUCCCAGUUUGAAAGUUCUCACAUUGGUUUCUCUGGGUAUUUGGGGUCCUUUGCCUGGUAAGAUAGCUCGUUUGUCAUCCCUGGAAAUACUCAACAUGAGUUCCAAUUUUCUCUAUGGUUCCAUUCCUCAGGAACUUUCUUCACUGAAAAAUCUCCAAACACUCAUUUUUGACAACAACAUGCUGGCUGAAACAUUUCCUCCUUGGCUUGAUUCACUUCCGGCCUUAACUGUGCUAAGUUUCAAGAAUAAUUUGUUCAAUGGAUCUCUUCCGAAUUCUCUUGGCAAUGUGGAGAAUCUGAGAGCUCUUUCACUUUCUCAUAAUCACUUGUAUGGGGUGCUGCCUGAUUUUAGUCGUUUGAAGAAUCUUCAAGUGCUUGAGUUGGAUGACAAUGCCUUUGGACCUCAGUUUCCUCAACUUGGUAACAAGUUGGUUACACUAGUGCUAAGAAACAAUAGGUUCAGGGAUGGUAUUCCUGCUGAAUUGAGCUCAUACUAUCAGCUUAAACGUUUGGAUAUAUCAUCAAAUGCAUUUGUGGGGCCAUUUCAACCAGGAUUGUUGUCACUUCCUUCUAUUACUUGUCUGAAUAUUUCUGGUAACAAAUUAACUGGGAUGCUUUUUGAGAAUCUGUCUUGUAAUUCAGAGCUUGAUGUAGUGGAUUUAUCCUCAAAUCUUUUGACUGGGAGCUUACCUAAAUGUUUAGUGUCAAAUUCCAGUGAUAGCACUUUCCUGUAUGCUAGAAAUUGUCUAGACAGUGCGAAUCAAAAUCAGCAGCCGCAGCCUUUUUGCCACACUGAGGCCCUAGCUGUGGGAAUAUUACCUGAGAGAAAGAAGCACAGACAAGUAUCUAAGGUAGUUCUUUCCCUAGGCAUAGUAGGUGGUACUCUUGGAGGAGUAGCACUUGUUUUGCUAAUUUUCUUUAUUGUUAGAAGAGGAAAUGCUAGAAUCAAAAUGAAGAACCCGCCAACAAGAUUAAUAUCAGAAAAUGCUGCUUCUGGUUACACUUCUAAGUUGCUUUCUGAUGCAAGGUAUAUAUCUCAAACAAAGAAGUUGGGAGCAGUUGGCCUGCCAAGUUAUCGAAGUUUCUCAUUGGAAGAGAUUGAGGCAGCUACAAACUACUUUGACACUGCUUCUUUAAUGGGUGAAGAUUCUUAUGGGAAGAUGUACAGAGGUCAGCUGAAGAAUGGUUCGGUUGUUGCUAUUCGAUGUGUAGAAAUGACAAAGAAAUACAGCACUCAAAACUUUGUGAACCACAUAGAGCUGAUAUCAAAACUCAGGCAUCGUCAUUUAGUCAGCGCUAUUGGACACUGCUUUGAAUGUUCUCUGGAUGAUUCGAGUGUCAACAAAAUGUUUCUUGUCUUUGAAUAUGUACCAAAUGGCACGCUCAGGGAUUGGAUCUGUGAUGAAAAUGUUAGAAAAUGCUUGAGUUGGACCCAACGCAUUGGAGCUGCAAUUGGAGUGGCAAAGGGAAUCCAGUUUUUGCAUACAGGGAUAGUCCCUGGUGUAUAUUCCAACGAUCUCAAGAUAGAAGAUGUUUUGAUGGAUCAGAAUCUUGUUGCGAAAAUCAGCAGUUAUCAUCUGCCUUUGUUAUCUAACAUGGGGAAGGUUCGACAUGGAAAUUCUUCAAGCGGAUUGAAACACUCUAGCAACAAUAAAAGUGUAAAGCAUGAAGAUAAGUCUGAUACAUACGACCUUGGAGUGAUACUACUCGAACUCAUUCUAGGAAGGCAAAUAAAGACAGCAAAUGAUGCAGACGCUUUUAGAGAUCUGUUGCAAGCAAGCUUAGGAGCAGAUGAAGAGGGUAGGAGGAGUGUGGUUGAUACAGCAAUUCGCAAGGCAUGCUUGGAUCAAUCAUUGAAGACAAUGAUGGAGAUAUGUGUGAGGUGUAUGGUUAAAGAGCCAGAAGAUAGGCCCUCUAUAGAGGAUGUUCUGUGGAACUUGCAGUUUGCAUCUCAAGUGCAGGAUGCAUGGAGAGGGGAUUCACAAAGUAGUGAAGGCUCACCAGGCUCAGAAUCUCGAGGACUUUCCUUUCAGUAGAUUCAAUUCACAGGUUUUUCACUUUUUACUGUUUUGUAUAUUUCACUAUAAGCCUAAAAGGUUCAUGGUUGCAGAUACUGCAACAUCAGAAUAGUAUUAUAAGGUCUUAUGUUCUAACUCCUUUGCCCCAAAAUCUGAGUAUAGUUUCUAAUGAAAAACUAUGGUAUAUCAAAGCUUGCACUAUUGUAA